AUGGCGAUAUCGCUGGAGAUCGAGGGCCGCUGGGACAUCGUCAUCACCCUGCUCCAGGAUAUAUGCAACGCCAACCUGCUGCUUAGUCUUGGCGCCAUUGCCGACGACAUCACGCUGCUGAAGGUGGCGGCGAUGGACGACGACGAGAAGGAACGACUAAAAGAGGAAGUCGGCGACCACCGCGCCAACGUCGGCGCCGCCCGCCGGCUAAUUAGCACGCUGCAGGACAAUCUCCGAGCUAUCAUUGACCACUUAAAUGCUGCUAAAGCUGAAGACGCUGAUAAUGACGAUGAUGACGCGCUGGUAGCACUGGGCGAAGAACUGGUGGUGACGACGAGACCAGGGAGAGCGCUGAAGAACACGCUGAGCAAAAACACUGCGAAAUCGAAAAGGAAACAAGGGCGCCUGUUCUAUACGUCUAAAUUCAACCCGCUGGAGCCGAUUGUGGUGGGGCUGGACGUGGCGUUCAGGUUACGCAACCGCCACAUGGAAGAGUGGAUCCAGUGCGAGGUGAUGAAAGUGCUGCCGGACGGGACCAAGUUUGAGAUUAGGGACCCGGAGCCCGAUGAAAAUAAUAACCCGGGGCAGACGUUUAAAGCUAACUACAAGGAGGUGCUUUUGAUCCCGCCGGCGCUGGAAGCCAAGACGUUGACCAACUACCCUUACGGGACACGGGUGCUUGCCCGCUACCCCGAGACCACUACUUUCUACACGGCGAUGGUGGUGGGCCACAAAAAGGAUAACGUGCGGCUCAAGUUUGACGGCGAGGAAGAGGUGAACAAGGAGACCGAGGUCGACCGGUUGCACGUGUUGCCAAUGCCGGAAAAGUAA